AUGCCUGCUCAUCACCAUUGCAACGCUCAUUCCGGUCUGCCCCGCGUUUGGCUGGGUUGGGGUGAGUUGGGCAACCGCAAGGCUCAACUCCAAGAAGAGCAGCAGGACUACUUCGAGACCCACAAGCCCGAUUUCAAGCUGCGACACCCAAACACCGGCCGACGCAGUUGGAAUGUGCACUUGGAUGUCAUUCGCAAGUCAACCCGUUGGAUUGACUGGCGAAUUCACAAGACUGGAGAUAAACAGAAGCUUGUUCUUCCUGAUUUGGUACGUGCUGAGCAGAUUGACAGCCUUCUUAAUUUCUUUUAUACUGGUGACUAUUCGGUUGAAGAAGCCGACCUGAGAAAUUACUCGAUUUGGCCCUGCCCUGGUGGCUGUGUCACUUGUCCUCAGAUCUGUCAGCUCUUGCGCAUUCACUUGGCCAUGUUCCAAACUGCCCUUCUUCUUAGAAUUACUGACCUUCAGGCCCUUUCCUUCCGCAGAUUCCGUGAUCUUACGGACACUGCUCCGGCUUUCGUUUUGCAGUAUGCUGUUCAAGCAGUGUAUAGUAGGGAACCUAUUCCUGACGGGAGCAACAACUUCCAGAUUACUGGUUUGAAAUCUGUCAAGGACUACCGCCCUGAGCUGGUGCUUCCUGCAGUUCUUAGGUAUUGUGGAUAUUACCGCCUGAAUCCUCAGCAGAUCACAAGAAACGGGAAGAAGGUGAGGGUUUUUGGCGAGUCGGAGUUUGCUGAACUAUGCCGAAAAAGCCCAAAGUUUGGUGGGGAUCUUGCCCUGGGACUGUGGCUGGACACUAUUGAUAUCACAGUUCCGACUAUUCAGUUCCCAGGUAACUCAGAGCCCAUGAGGUCCCUUCAUCCUUAUAUGCAGACUCCACUCGCUCCACAGGUGGUAGACCCCAAACGCUCAAACUAUCAAUAUGUUACUUACUUGCAGCCCUUGCCCUUCAAGGAUUUCAAUGACCAGCAACCUUCUAAUACCCCUACUUGGACCCCAUCCCCCCAGCGUACGUCCACUGGGCCUUUUGCUACUCCGCAAACCUCAUCGCGAUGCAGCCAGGCACGCUCCUCGUUCAACUCGAGCAGUCAGGUUUCAGUACAACAGGCUCCAGUCAUCCCCCAGUUGACCCUAGAACAGAUAGAGGAGUUUAACUUCCUUAGUGAGGCUUUACUUGAUAACACUACAGAUCAGAUGGCUGCGCAACUACCAGAGGAAUAUUCCACAGGCCCUGUCGAUUUGAUUGAUAUUGACUGGACAAAUACGAUGGACUGGAGCGGAGCGGAUGUACCCGAUAUUGACUUCAGUGCGCUUUUGAAUGACGAUUCUAUGGGUGAGCCAGUUGCGAAUGCAUUGGACUUGACACAGGUAAUGAACUGGGCAGGAGAGGACCUGGCUAAUGUGGACUUCACUCGGCUUUUGAAUGAUGACACUUUGGACUUGGAGUCUUUCGAUCCAUCCUUCCUGGACCUACCUGUGGAUAUGGAUUUAGAUCUAACAGACUUCAACUCUUUUGACAUGGCGGGCCUACCCGAUAUCGACUUCUCUGGACUCACUCCACAGGAUUCUAUGGACAGUGAAUUCUUGAUUCAACCCCAGUGCAUGGACUCAAUCUUCCCCGGAAUGGAUAACUAUGUGACUGUUCCUCAGGAGAUUAGUUUUCUUCCAGAGCCAUUAAAUUCAGAGUGGGCUAUAGACUCUACUGCUUCCACCCUGAGAGCGGCCCUUUCUGCACAGACCCUAGAUCAACAACAGGCAGCCCAGUCCACGUUCCUUUCUGCUGGAGACAAAUCCCGUGCAUCAGUUUCGUCUACCCAAACCCGGUACAAUUUGAGGACUCGUCCGAGCAUGGUUCAUGUGAUGGAGGAACUUUAG